CUCAUUUUCAACGCCUAGUCUUCAACAACGAAACAACGAUCCGCAGACUCCAUGACUCGAAUAAUACGAUUAUGAUCUCCCGGUGCUCCAUCACCUUUUUGCAGCAAUGAUUUCGAGCCGGACGGCGGCAAAAAAUAUGCCAGUCCCAUUUUCUCAAAUGUCAACAACAGCAACAACAGCGGCGCCAUUCCUGUACCACACCAGGACUUUGACCAGUUUCGCAUGGAAAAGAUACAAUGCUAUCUGCCAGGCCAAUUGUGGAAGCAGAUGCAUGUAUAGGAAUUUCAGCGGCUCAAGUCGACUUCAGCGAUUGCGAGAGGGAGCCAGGAUAGCCACUACAACCUCCGCGCCAAAAAUUGGUAACAAGGGCGGGUUUUCUAUAAAGAGAACCACCAAUAUGUCAGGUUCGGAGCCCCCAUCGAGGGGCAGCUGGGAAUAUGAUCUUGAUAAGAGCUCCUUUCGCAGCUCGAAGGAAGGACAGAAAGAAUUCAAGAUCAGACAACAUUUCACGAAGUCAUUCGAACCGGAUGAAGUGGGAGACUUGGAAGAUUUGGACGGGAAUGCAUUCACGAUGCCGAAAGACAUUGAUUUCGAUGAGGAAUUUGAUGGUCAAGCCGGUAACCUCUGGGGCAAAGACGAAAUCCACGAGUUGACUGACAGGCACUCAAAUCGCGGAUCUACCAUAACACUUGCCGAGAGACACGCAUUCCAGAAGAUUUUUUCAGACAUGUUGAAGAGUUCUCAGCGUCCAAGCCGCAGAAAGGAAGGCCUGUUCGGCAAUGAUGAUCUGGAAAUGGUUGUCGGACCGAAAAGUAAAAAGAAAGCGAAAUCUAAGCUCGAUGACAUUCUCACCAGCGCCAUACUAAGGGAGUCAAGGGAGUCGCUGGGCAACGAAGAAAGUUUAGAAGCAGUAAUCGAACGAUAUCCUCCAGCUCUCCGGCCAGCCGCUGCCAGAGCUCUGGGCUUCACUGCUGGUGAAGCGGAAAGGGCUGCUUCAUUAGACCGCCAGGAAUUGAGUGAGGAAGCACUUGAGGCUUUGAGGAAACCCGAGUGUACUAGAGUUGAAGGGUUGAUGAAAAAGGCCAAGACUGAUUUCGAACUGUGGGACGUCAUGGAGGUGGAGGUUUUCCCCUUGAUUGCAAAAUUGGGGCUGGAGGACGCGCCGUCCACUUCCCAGAAUUCUGAGGUUACUAAAGUGGCCAAGAGCAAGAAGAAGGGUGCGAAGAAAACAAAUACCGAAGAGACCCCAGAGGUGAAAGAACUGGCCGAGCCCAGCCCACUCAUCGAAGCAGAAAAUGGGGUCUCGCCUCUGUCGCUAUAUGGCCCCCUGUAUCCAUCGUACCUCCUCCUUGGUCUCCGUCUCCUAGACCGCGGUUUUGCUAAACCGUCUCCCCUCGCACUCGCUCUCCUACCCAGAAUCAAAUCCUUCGGCUUUACCUCACACGUGCUGGGCGCAAGUACGCAAUUUUACAACGAGCUCCUCAGGAUCUACCACUACCGACAAGACGACUUUCGCGGGAUGCUCGAUCUUCUGGCCGAGAUGGAAAGCUCGGCUCUUGACGUCGACGACGAGACCCUUGGGAUUGUUCUCGAUGUCAUUAAGGCCCAAAGGAGUAUUCAUUUCGGUGCUAAGGGACCUGCUAUAAAAGCCUUGUGGAGCAUGCCUGAAUUCUCCCACCGCAAAUUCGAAUUUUGGAGGGGCAGCAUUCACAGAGCAAUAUACGAGAGGAACGAGGCCAGGCAUUGACCGAUCAAGGCGAGCAGAAGGCGUACGUGCUUGGGGAACGCUUUUGUAUAACAUCAUUGUACCAACCAGACCUUAAUAUAUCAUCUGUGGUAU